AUGAGUAACGACAAAACCGUGGUCACAGAAAUCAAUAUAACUGCUAGCAGCGAUUACAGUCUCCAGUGGAAUCGAUGGGCGAUGAAAAGCAUAGGCGCAUGGCCACAGUCCUCGUCGAAUCUCGAGAGAAUCAUCUCUCGAAUAUUGAACGUGAUCUGCUACACCGCAGUACUAUUCACGAUAAUCCCUUGUUCGCUGCACGUAAUGCUGGAAAAAGAGACUUUCUACACGAAAGUGAAAAUACUCGGUCCGUUGAGCCACUGGGUGUUCUGUAUCAUCAGUUACACCAUGCUGUUGCUGCGACGUAAAACCAUACGUCACUUUUUCAAUCAUAUGGAGACCGAUUGGAGAACGACGAUGAGAAAGGAGAAGAAAGAAAUAAUGCUGAAGUACGCGAAAUUUAGUCGAUACGCGGCGAUUUCUUGUACGAUCUUCAUACACGGUGGUAUACUUGGAUAUUGUGUUAUGACAGCGUUCACCACGAUGGUUGUCGUGGUUGGAAACGAGACUAUGAUCUUGCGCGUGCUGCCGUUACCAAUGUACAAAGGGCUCCUUCCAGUCGAUACGAAUACUAUGAACGAGAUCGUUCUUUUGUCACAGUUUCUCUCCGGAUUUAUAGCGAACACCAGUGCGAUCAGUGUUAUAAGCCUUACAAGUGCUCUAACAUCACACGCGUCUGGCCAGUUGGGCGUGGUUAUGUUGUCGAUCGAAGAUUUUGUGAGUGAUGCGAGACGCAGAGGGAAGGACGAUCAUUUCGACGAAAUACCGACAAUCGUGGAGAAACAUUUGAGAGUGUUGAACUUCAUAUCGCGCAUAGAGGCAAUGAUAAACAAAGCGUGUUUCCUGGAGUUAACGAGGUGCACGAUAGCUAUAUGCGUACUUGGAUAUUAUAUAUUCAUGGUAGAUGUAAUUUUGAUCGUACGGGCAUAA